CGGGACCGCCACGCGCACCGAGAUCGUCGAGCUCCUCGUGGCCUCCCACCUCUCCGUCCAGGAAAACUCAGUGGGCGACCUACGGCUCAUUGAGUGGGUCGGACGUGUGCGAGCUAUCCUGCGCAGCCCCAUCCAGCGUUCUCGGCGGUCGCCCGUUACCUAGAAUGGGCGGCGUGAUGCUCGGGAAGGCAUGCACUUCAGUGGACGUGCUCCCAAUCACGGAUCGUCGCCUCGACGCUCCCGACCUAACCCUGUGAUGUACCCAGCCCACGGGCUACGCCGCCAUACCCACGCAUCGAUUACCAGGAGGGAAGGACGCCCACGCAAUACGCGGCCGAGGCGACCAGCAUCGCCUCCUUCACGUCUCGGCUCUGCUUCACACCCGACGCAUAGAAUAUCCAGCCCAGCAAUCACUGGGGGACCCGAUCGUACCAGAGCAGACGACAGCGACCGAUCCACUCCCGAAUCCGCGUCACCCGUGCCAUCUACAUCAUCUCAGGAGGACGACAUUGCACGCCCCUUUCGCCAGCCAUCCAUGACAGACGGGCAGAUUCUAGGACAAGCUGUUAGGCCAAUAUCAGCUACCGGUGUGGAUGACAUCGCACGCCCCUUUCGUCAGCCAUCCAUGACGGACGGGCAGAUACUAGGACAGGCUGUAAGGCCAACGUCAGUUAUCCUUGAGAGCAGCUCAGAAAGCCCGUCUCCACACACUAGUGAUGCCCGACCAUCCAUGGCGAGUCCGGCGCCACGGAACAGUGGCCGGCACCGGCCUUCCCGUCGCCGACAAAGGUCAUCGGCCUCGCCGUCGGACUCUGACAUCGCACGGCCCUUUCGCCAGCCGUCCAUGACAGACGGGCAAAUUCUAGGGCAGGCGGUAAGGCCAACAUCGGCUAUCGUUGAGAGCAGGUCCGUACGCCCCUCUCGGUACCCUGGUGAUGCCCGACCAUCCAUGGCGAGUUCGGUGUCACGGAAGAAUGGCCGAUCUAUCGGCCGUCGACGAGGAUCGUCGACCUCGCCCUCGGACGCUGACACCGCACGCCCCUUACGUGAGCCAUCCAUGACCUACGGGGAGAUAUUACAGCCGGUAACAGAUCGAAAAACCAAGCGUUGCAUUCCCAGCAAUCUCUCAAUUGGCCUUGAUCCUGUACCACGAGGCUCAUCAAGGCAGCACAACAGGCAGAGAAGUCUUGCUCAUUCGCGAGCGCCGGAGCCUCCCGAACCGCACUCUCAGAGCAGAAAAAGGUCAUCGAAGCCAGCCGAUCUGCCACUGGAAACGCGCUUUCACGGCCUAGACUCUCGACAGAGUCAUGGUGUCAAUACCGCCGCCUCUUCGCGUAGAGUUAAGCCAUUGAACAGGUCAUCGUUUUCACAACUGACCGCCGCUCAAAUUUCAGCGCCUGAGAAGAUAUCGUCUUCCCUAUCUUCGAAGCGGGGCCGGGUUCGGGCUACAGAACAUGAUGACAGACGUCAGCAUCGAGAGCCUCCCUUAGGCUCGGAAACUUAUCGAGCUGAUGCGGCGACCCAGACAUCACCACCUCCUGCAGAGACCUCGAGGGCACAGCGCUAUCGAUCCGCUUUCCAGAAGCGAAAGGAUCGAAGAGCGGCAGAGGCUCUGAGGGAGGCGUCAGGGAGUCAAUCUACUUUCCACGGAACCGAUGCGACGACUCUACGGAAACCGACGGUGUCGUUCCCAUCAGGACCACCGCGUGCAACGUUUCCUACGCAACCGGCACCGGCGCCGACAAAUGAGUUAGAUAUAAAGGCGAGAAGCAUCUCUCCGGCCAGCUCGUGUCGUUGCAAUGGUCCGCCAAGCUCGCUUCUGGCUGAACCCGUCGCCGAUGCAGCUCUCUCACCACCGGCUGAUGCCAUGGCAGGCACCGAACCCUACAGUGGAUCGCCUCAUCCUGCUCACCCAGGACAAGCGAGAAUGCGAAUACUUACCGAGAGGCAGCGGUCUGUGUCAAUCCUUCUUCCGCCUACACAAGCGCCUGCUAGUUCUUCACACGGUUCGGCUUUCGAAUCGGGCGCGCGGACAUUAGAACAUAGCCGAGCGACGUUUUGGGACUCCUCUGCAUCUUUGCCCCAUAGAUCAAGCGCAGCAUCUCUUCGGGCACCCCGACCAAGGCGAAACUUGUCUGUUGUCAUACCAAGGUUAGAAGGGAUGUCAAGUGAUGACCACAGUGAUGGCUUGCAAGCAAGCGAGAGUGAACCUAUUCAACCAGCCGCUUCGCACUUGGAGAUACCAACACAACAGUCUUUGGCAUAUUCGCAAGCUGGACAGCUUCCAGGAGACUGCGAGGAAUUCGAGUCGAUACCAGCUAUUCAGAGCGAAGAUGCCAAUACUGUUUGGGUGGACUCUCAAGUAGCUCAGCAUCUCAGCCCCCAGAGGUACCAACAAUCUGCACAACCGGACGCAGCGAGGCGUUUUUCCGAGGACUGUGAGAACAUCAUCCCGCAAGAACGAGCUCCCUGGGCACCGCGGGACCCCCCGCCGACCUUCUUCAAACCGCGGUUUUUUCCUCCAAUGUCGCCGACUACGUGGCGGAAUAAUUUCGCGAGAAGACGGAAGCGGAGGGUAUCGACCGCACUGCCAGAGAAACCGUCAAAGGAGGCACCGGAGAAUACCCCUGAUCUAAGCUCGACUUCGCAGACUGAGAAGCGCAGCUCAGGUGCAGACAUACAUGAUGCAGCGCAAGAGACUUCCCAUGGCUCGGAGAGAAUUCCACAAGGACCUUCGCAAUCCCAAUCUGGCGACUCGGUGACCGAUGUCGAUGCAGAGACGAGUCCGUGGCAGACCGUGCCCGACGAUGCAUCAAUCUUCGUGUCGGAGUCGGAGGACGGCUCCAGCAUGCACAAGAUUAAGACUCCAGGGACGCAGGAUUUGAAACAGGCCAAGGUAUGGUCAGAUGAACGUCAUCUGGUUGAUUCGUCGGGGGACGAGUCGGGGAGGUUGCGAGAGGCGGACAAUUCACGGCAGGAGGUUCCAGAGUCAGCGUCAUCAUCGGCACAGCUAGCCAAACUCGAUGAGGCUCGACAUGAUGAGGGGUAUUUUAAGGGAAAGACGUUAGAACAGGGCGGUGAUACGCGCUUUGACGAGUGGGUGGCGGCGAAGUUGCGUGAAAGCCAGCGCUCGGAGUCGGAGUGCGCGGAAGCGGAGAAUUGCGUGCGGGAAGAGGCUCCCGCGGGCCAGUUACAGGCCGCAGAGCCGGUGCAUCAGCCGAAGCCGCGGAAGCGAACAGAUCCCGAGAUUGCCUCCACGGAGCCGGUACAACCCACGGAACCGGAGCGGUAUAUGAAAUCACCACGGGCCCUGGAAGAGGAGCAGGUUCCUGUGCAUGAACAGGAUGCAGAGGCUGAACGGCAUGCGGAAUCCCAGCCGCUUACGGAAACGGAACUAGACGCAAAGCCUGAGAAGCAGCAGGAUUCAGCCAACGGGACCGAAGGAUCAAGGCAAGAGCAGAACGCAUCGGCCCCGGAGCGUUCUAAGAGAUCCAAAUCCAGCUUUGAUUGGGCCGAACUAUCCGGCGAUGACGACCCUGAGAUUGGGUUCUCCGAGUGGAAGGAGAGAAACCUGCCGGGUUAUCAGACACAAAGCCGCCCUCGAUCAGAGGCGGCCGGGAAGCCGGAGAAGCCAAAGGAGACCGCUCGGGAGCACUACGCCUUCGUGCCCCAACCUCAACCCGCGAAACCAAAAGCGUUGGUGAAGACAAAACAAAAGCCGGCCAAAUCUCCAAAGUCAAUCGCAGCGCCGACCGAAACCAUCACUGCAGAAGCAGCUUCGGAUACCGCCCCGAAAAAGAUGCUGUGGAGCCAGAUUGUUCGGGGAAGCUCGACAAAGUCCAGAACUCCAGCAAAAGCGCAGAGUGGAUCGGGAUCAGUGUCAAUGUCUGGUCAAAAGAAGAGCGCAACGCCGUGGCGUCGAGUACAGGCUCAUCAACCUCCAAGUGGCCAAGAAGAAGAUUUUCCAGCUCUAACAGCAAAGGAAAAGGGGAAACGCGUAGAUCGGAAAACCUGGAGAAGGGUCCAGUCAUCAGAGCAAGCCAGUGUAUCGACCGGAAAGGCGAAAGGGAAACAGCCAGAGCCUGUGAAUCCCUUUCACGCGCUAGAACCGCUCGUUGAGCGUGUUGCCUCGACGGCCAACGCAGGGUCUCCCAAGGAGGAGAGUGACUGGGAGCGUGACUGGGAGUCUGGGCAUGAGGGGGAGGGCGAAAGUUCGAAAAGAGCGGCAGCUCGGGAGCCUGCGUGGAUGCGACAGGCCGCCAAGGAUACGGAAGCAAAAGAACAGGCAUCUCCUCUGGGGCCUGGGGAGUUAGUGGGUGAGAAAUCCCAGGAAAUGGCAAGCCAUGAUGAAGGUGACAGCUUCAGGACUGCUCCAGCUCAGGAACAUGGAAUAGCACAGCAGGAGACCGAGAGCGAGACAACUCGGGGGAUCGCAGCCCCUGGUUAUAGAAGCGUAAAAAAGCCGCGCGGAAAAAAGGGCAGUAAGAAAGAAAAGCGCCAGCCCAAGCACAGGACUCCCGCAGAGACUGCUAGGCCCAGCCCCUCCGCCACAACCGUUUUGACGGGCGAUCCAUCUAUGCCACACUCUCCUACCCCGUUAUCACCGAACCCGUCGGAAUGCUCUUCCACCUCCACCCUCGGCCGCGCGAACCCAUCCAUCCUCACUCCCCUGGGAAGUCCUAAGCACCCGACUGGCGCCAAGGAUGAAUUCACAGAGACACAUGCACCACCUGGAUCACCAUCCCCCCCGCCGCCGCCGCUGUCAUCACCACUCCCUUUGGGGGACGGAAAGCCGGCCCCCACGCAGCCGCGUACCACAAAACAACGAAGGAGGAUGCUGCGGCGGCAACGACAAGAGCAAGAACAACGGGAGCAGCAACAGAAGCCUUCUUCCCCUACGCCCGACGUGCCUGUGCGCCUGUCCAACACGAGUAUCAGCGACGUCGUCAUGGGUAGGACCUCAAUGAUGGACCUUCUCCGGGUGGGGCCGGUGGCACGGAUGCCGCUGCCGCUACCGCUGCCGUCUGCGAGGGCGGAUGGGGAUGCAGAUGACCGCAGCCGUGGCGGUGACGUUCCUGGGCCGGCGUACCGGUGGACGCCGCCGCGGUAUGCCAGGUACGAGGAGUUGGAGAAGAUGAUUGCACAGCAGGGGGUGGCGGAGGAGGCGGUGUUUGAUAUGGAGUUGGCGGAGAAGAGCGAUAAUGAUGAUGAGAGCGAUGAGGGGGAUGGUAAUGACGAUGACAAGAAUGAUGAUGAUUCUGAUGAUGAUGAUGAUGAUGGGCAUGGCCAUGAUGACGGGGAGGAUGGGCAUGGCCAUGAUGAUCAGGGUGGCGAGGAGGACGAGGAGGAUGACGAUGGGGGGGAUGAGGGCGGGGAUGACGAAACGCAGGAGGAGGCUGCGGACGACGACGCCGUGAGAGCGUCCCAAAUCCUACUGCAAAUUCAGAGGCGGGUUGCCAACUUUGUACCAGCGGAUCUGGACAUGACGGGGGAGCAGUGGAUGAGAAGGGUGGGAGAGGCGUGGUUUGGGUCUGAUGUGGGAGAUAAAGCGAAAGAGUAGCGUGUACAUAUACGUAAACGGGUAUCUUUUUUUCAAGUUUCGUCUGCACUCUCAUCACAGCGCAGGUCGGGCUUAGAUUCGGGGGGUUGUUGUUUGUUUACUUUCUACUCGAUAUGGACAAGAGAGCACCUUUUCGUC